UACUGGUUCCCGACGUUUGGGCGCGACAAUCAAUGUUGCUGAACCCAGCAAGUCCUUUACGAGAUUACGACAAGUGAACUCCCUGGCCAGCGACGUUUGGACUCUUUUUCUUUCGUGUUGUUUACGAAUUAGUCCAGAAUUUUGUGAAAUCGCAAGAAUGUCUGGCCCACUUAAGUACCUACGUAAAACAGGACAGUUUGGUAAUGCAAGCUGCAAUUGGACACGAUUGGGGUAGGUUAAAAGUAAAUGCCACGUAUGGUAUUAUUGCAUCUCCUGACAACCCGAAAAGGAUAAAUGACCUGUUUGGUGAGAUUGAAACAUAUCUUACCAAUAAUAUAGAUACUAUUUUCCCAUCAAGUGAUCUUUCUCGAGCUGGAGCUUGUAACUAAAUUAUGUGCUGAUGCCAGAGGCAAUAAGAUAUGGUGUUGCAAUGGAAACAUCCAAUUAUGAUCUUGCUCCUAAUGUCAUCCGAGACAUUGUGUGGUACGGAUAUGACCACCUAGUACGUGUAAUUGCAAAAUGUAAAAAUGGAGAACAAAGUGUAACCCCAGCCACUGAUCCUGAGGCAACAGCCCAUGUUAACGAUGAUUUAGUUGUAGUUGUAAGUGGCACAGAUGCAGUACCAGUACCGGUAGUUUUAUCCGCAAAGACGGACAUCUCAGAAAAACCUGUGCAUAAUGUGAUAGCUGGGGAAAAAGGUAGAAAAAAUAGGAGAACAAUAAAACGCAAAUUCUGUUGCCUUCCAUGCCAAAACACGGAGAAAAUUCCAACUGGCGAGGACUACGUUCAGUUAAGCAAUCUUGGAGUAGGUCUCAAAGAAGUUUCAGUCUUCACCGAUGCUACUGCAAAGGAAUUGCAGGAUGUAAUUUUCAGGACUUACCCACCUUUAGCUGGACACCAAUAUGUUUAUGGAAAAUCGUUCCGCAAGACUCUGCCAGCUACUUUUUUACUGGAUAUGUCCUCGGACAUGGCAUAUGUUCAGCGAACUAAUAAUGGUGCUGGAAGCAUAAUUUACAUAAUGCCCAUUGGCCGGAAUUUGGAAUUCGAUGUCGUUGACAUGAACACCUAGUUCAUUGAAGAAGAAAUACUUUAUAACGACAUCUUAUUUUGAAACUGUUUAACCAAUGAAUUUUCUUAAAGCCAAUUUCAACGUGAAUGCCUGAUAUAAGUUUAUACUUGUAAUUGUUCCAGUGAUCGACUGAGAAGGCCAUCUGCCUCGGUUUGCCAUCUUUCGGACAGGUGUAGGGAUUGCCAUCGUGUUCCGGCAGCAUGUCAACGUCGUGUAAGAUGAUACAUUGGUACUCCUCUUGCGAUAGCUGAGCUUCUUUGAAGCCGAUGUUCAUCAACAUGCCACGGUUGAACGGAGAACGUUGGAACUUUCUCGGGGCCGUGACCGCAAUGUUUCAACGUACCAAGUCGCAAAAUCUGACGGUAGUCAGAGCUUUCGACGGCGACGUGUCGCAGGUGGUUCAUUACAAAACCAUGUCGCAUCCGAGAGCCACUCCAAAUACGGACCGGAUGUCGGUGAGCAACGAAGGCUGGUAAAAAUUUAAAAAGGACGGGCUCGUCGAUUUGAGAUACACGAGGCUCAGUUUGAAGCUGGGACCUCUUUGCACUCGCAUCGUUGUCGAUAUUCAGCCAUACAACAUAUCCACUUAGAUGUUUUGCAUUCUCGAUCCACACCCAUCCACACCUUCAAUGACGUUGACGUGGUGGAUCGCUAAUCCAUCGCUUUGUUUUGAUUGCAUUCUUACGCAUCAUACGUUAACGAGUAGCAUCGUUUUGUUAAUUUAUUCAUGUAAUUAAUAGCUAGGGAGUAUUUUGAUAUACACGUCAAUAAACCAAAAUAUUGUGAAUUGA